CAGCGCAAAUGGGGUCAGCGUGAUGACCCGUGUUGAUGUGUGACCGCCGACCCUACCCGGUUUGUGCGAGCCCGAUGAAGCCGGCUGUGAUCUUCCUCCUGGUUAGCAAAUGUGGGACACAACAUGUGCAUUCAAGAGCCCGGAGACUCAGUACUCAGCGCUCAGCGCUCAAUGAUCCGCCCGAGCCCGAAGCUCGAGAGAUGAAUAUCCUUCUGCAAAAGAUCACGUCUGGUUCUGCUUCUCUGUGGUGCCACGUGCAUUCGCAAGGCUACUCACUCACUGCCUUUUCUUCGCAAGCUCUAUCACUGAGGUUCAGUAAAGCAGCUCCUACACACGACUGAACGUCAAGAACUCCCAAUAAGCACUUUGAUGCCCUUAAAUAUCACAUCUAAUCUUAUCCUUGGACAUUCAUUGCACAGCUUCUGCCUGUCAUCAUUUCUUAGCCGCACAGUAGUUGCAGGACCAACCCGCGUGUCGUUGAGAAGCCUAUUAGCUUUUCAGUGCAAGACUUCCGCCAACUCAACAUCCAUUCGCCGAUGGUCGUGCUUCGGACCUACCUUUCGACGACUACCUGGCGCACUCGUUUCUUCAUCUUGCUUGUUCCAUCUAUCACAUUUCUUCUGUACUUCUUCAACUUCCGGAGUCGUGACGGCCCUUCCGACCUCGAGUUUGUCGACCAUGCGCCAGCGGACACUACCGUGACAACUCUACCCAACAUCCUGCUCGUCUCUGCUUUCUUUCCGGCCUCCAGUUCCAAACAUACCAUGCGCGAAUACGAAAUUAAACUGACGUCGUUCCUCUCUCGAGUUUCCACUGAUGUGUACUUCUACGUGGGGCCUGAGAUGGAGCCUCUCAUCCGCAGGUGCCGAAGCAACUUGACGAUCACUAUCGACACCAGCUACACAUCCCCAUUUGAUACCCCGCCACUUACGGGUCUACAGGAUCGUUAUAAAGAGAUGCGCGCUCUGGAGCGCGGAGGCUCCCGUCACUCACCAGACCUGUAUGCCCGGCGCAACGCGAAACCGUUCUUAUUGGAUGCGGCUAUGCAGAAAAUGGCUGCGACGGGCAAGCAAUAUGACUAUGCAUUCUGGACCGACGCGGACAGUUUCCGUUCCAGUCACCGUUACUCUUCCUGGCCAGAUCCCAAACGGGUCAAUGAGAUCUGGACGGAAGGCGCACAAUUGACACACCAGCGGCCGGAAGACCUGCUCUUCUUUCCGCUUGCCGGAGUUCCACACUCGAGCAUGCGAUUUUGGAUGCAGGAUCACGGGCCUGUGGACAGCACAUUCAGUGAAGGAUCCUUCUUUGGAGGCUCUGCAAAGACCAUCGCGUGGUGGAAACGGACAUAUUAUGCCUACCACGACCAUUAUCUGUCGCUCGGGAUGUUUGUCGGGAGCGAUCAGACCCUGGCGAAUGCUCUCCUCUUAUUAUUCCCUGAACGAGUCGUGGGUGUCUGGGCUGGCGAUCCCAACGCUGCUGGCUACAAGGAGGGACGAGGUCUGGGGGCAUGUGGAGAUGAGUGGUACUACUACCAGUUCUGGCUCUCGUCGACCCCGGAGAGAGCGGCCAUGCGUGCCGUUUUCAAGCCACACUGGUGGACAUUCAACCGGAACCGGGAAGCAUGUCACCUCGCCGAUGUCGCGGCCGUACCGGCUCUUCUACAAAGACAGUUCCGCAGCUGGAACCCGCCGAUGCAUACGAUAGAUGCAUGAGUCCACUACGUAACUUCACGAUUUUCGAGUAUAUGGCCUCCGGCAUCGAGAAUCACAUCCUCGACUUCUGGCCUCGCUGCAACCUGAGGAUAAAAAACACGAUCACAUGCUCAUGCGGUCGCACUGCGCGUCCAAACGAAUGAUGUAAUUCCAUAUGAUGUGAACUAGCUGAGUAAAUGACGACUCUCCCCCUCUCCCAUCCGAGGAUCGCAUGUUCAGUUUCAGCCAAUUGAGAGGCUGUGUGCGCAGCACGGCAGCUCCAUUGAAAUGUGCCGCCUCGCCUUUCCAGAGUGUUUAUUGCAUGCCAUCCACAAGCCAGAAGAAUUAAACGGGUAAGGCUUUCCCCAUCGACUCCAGGCAACGUUCAAGCUGAAUGUCAAUCAGAAAACGCCCCGAAACCAAUGGUCGCUCGUCCCACCCAACUCCCUGUUACGACUGGGAGACUCUUCAUCUUGCUUGGCCUCUCCGUCAUACUCCUCGUUUGUCUCUCAUCGUGGCCGACGGGCGUCCCAUCGUUGGUCUCCGAAGUCGCGAUACUGGACGGCGAGAAUGCAUCGAAUGCCAGCAGUGCGAGCCUGCCCAAUAUCCUCCUCGUCUCUGCGUUCUUCCCCUUAUCCAAAUCCAAGCAUACCAUGCGCGAAUACGAAGCCUGGUUGACCCAGUUUUUGUCGCGGGUGUCGACCGACGUCUACUUCUAUGCGGCCCCUGAGAUGGAGCCGUUCAUCCGCAAGUGUCGGGGCAACUUGUCGAUUGUCAUAGACACCACGUACGCCUCCCCCUUCGAUAUCCCACCAUUGGCGGGCCUGCGGGAUCGGUAUCGAGAAAUGCACGCCCUGGAUCGAGAGGCUUUUCGACAUUCACCCGAGCUGUAUGCCGUAUGGAAUGCCAAGCCGUUUUUCUUGGACACAGCUCUGCGCCACUCAGGCAAGCAAUAUUCGCAUGCAUUUUGGAACGACGCGGGCAGUUUCCGGUCAAACCACCGAUUCUCUUCCUGGCCAGAUCCCCGCAGAGUGGAAGAGAUCUGGGCGGAGAGCGCAAGUCUGACACGCGAGGCAGCAGAAGAUGUACUCUUUUUCCCGCUCACGGGGGCGCCGCAUCCGGACAUGCGGUCAUGGACGGAAGAUCAGGGACCUGUGGACAACGAGGUCAGCGAAGGAUCCUUCUUUGGAGGUUCUGCGCAGGCCAUAUCGUGGUGGAAACGCACGUACUACGCGUAUCACGACCACUAUCUGUCGCUGGGAUUGUUUGUGGGAAAAGACCAGACGUUGAUCAAUGCUUUGUUCUUCCUUUUCCCAGAGCGAAUCGUCGGUGUUUGGCAGGGAGACCAAGACUUUCCUGGGUACGACAAGAGUCAAGGCCUAGGGGCAUGCGGGAGCGAAUGGUACUAUUAUCAAUUCUGGCUCUCGUCUCCUGCAGAAAGAGCGGCCAUGCGCGCCAUCUUCAGGCCACAUUGGUGGUUGUUCGGUAGAGCCCACAACCCUUGCCAAGUUACCCGCCUCAUAACCAUGACCAUCACGGAAGACAAGCGACAGUCGGGACGCAAAACCAGAAAGCCACGUGAUCGUAUUUGGCACUGCCAUACAAAACUCACUCCCCAUUGCGCCAACGCGUCGCAACUGUCGAUGGCCACCUCAACCUCUGCCUCUGCUGGCAUCGGCGCGACAGGAACUAUCCGUGCUAUCACAAAUCCACUUCGAAGCACCGCACCAUCGCCCAUUCCCGCCGCCUCUCAACUAUAUGAACCUCUGGCCAAAGAAGUUCUUCGCCGACGUUUGUCGACCCAGAUCUUGCCCUACGCGUUAGUCGUGUCUAUCCUCUCGAAUCUCGUUUGGCUCGGGUGGUAUGGGCUCUUUGGAUUUGGGCCACUCUUAGGCGCGUCGCUCUUGGUGUGGACACUGGCGCUUGUCCCCAUCGUACUCUUGAGGAAAACCUAUCUCACUGUUUCACACACUGGCGCGCCCUCUCCCCUUGCGCUACUCCAAAAAUCUUUCUCUGUGCCUUUGAGGCCCAGGACAUUUGAUGCUUUGCGAACGCACACGUUGUCCGCAUUUGCUAUCCUUGCAGCUCACGUCAUCUUCGAUCCCAAAAUGCCGGUGUUUGUCAAGUCGCGUUCUGCUCGUCCUCACCCAGAGUACACUAGCAGUGCUAUAUGUGCUCCGGUCCCUUCUUCGGGAUGUCUGGGUAUUCCCUUUCAGAGUAUGGUCGGUAUCCACUUUCUAGACGAUUUGCUCACGCCAUCGCAGCGAUCCAGCACAGAGCACUCUCUCGGCAUCGUAAUCGCUCCUCUGGUGCUUUCUUUUGCCGCAUUGCCAUUAGCUUUGGUCGUUCUGUUUGUUCUGAUACCCAUCCUUCGCUAUCUUCCUCUCGUGUCUUUGCCUUUGCGUCUUGUGAGGCACCCCCAUGCGAGCAUUCUUCGAUACACGGGGCGUGCGUGGUUUCUGGGCAUCCAGACUGCAGCGCUCUGGGAAGGCACAAUUGCCAUCUGGGGUUGGGUUAUUCGUGAACCGAUACGAACGACGUCAGAUAUUCGAGCAUUAGUGUCUGGCCUCUCCAUCGCAUCUUCCUCCGCACCGUCUCUUUCUUCAGCGACGUCGUCUGCGUUCUCCACCGCUGCGCGCCUGUCGGCAUUCGCCUCAUCCCCCGUGCCAACGUCUUCCGGUCCACCACUAUUCCCGAGAGAGUCGACAAUAUACACCCAUCUUGCGUAUUCGGAACUAUUAGCACUGUCCUCGCCGGAUCAAGACGAUGGGAAGAAAGCUCGAGCGGAUAUAUUCGAUGUGGAUGGAAUGAUGUGGUCACGCCUGGUCCGGGAGGCCCUGCUCUGUGUAGGACGCGAGUAUCGCGUGCUAGUUGACAGAGGUACCACUCCGGCUGUCCCAUCGUCACCCAAUCCGUCGGUUGCCGCACCUCCCCCAAAAGCCAUCACUCCAGGUGCUCCAAACUUCGAAUCGCCCGUCAAAACCAUGCCCUUGCUCAAGCAGAACAUAUUUGCCAAGAACGCGCCGACAUCACCAGGUGCGCGACUCGGUGAUGCACUUGCAAGUGAGGCUGUGAUCGAGGGCUUGGUUGCACCAGUUGUCGAUAUCUUGCCCGUGCCAGAUAUCAGGCUACCUGAGUGGGGUCAGUACACUGCUGUCCCAGCGUGGGCACAAAGCGGCGUUGACACCGUGCGAAGAAUUACGGGGAAUGGAUUCGUGGGUGCGCUGCCCGACGCAUGGAAAGUGUCCCGAAAAGGCAAGGAAGUGCGGGGAUGGGUCCCUCGCUCGGAAGUUGUUGCAGAGGCAAUCAUAUUACUCACAGACCUAACUUGCGCGUCUCUCACUGAAGAUCGAUUUGGAACUGUCCAGCGGGACAUUCCGAAGAUUUUGGAAGCCUUCGUUCUUUUCCUGGGGGAAAUUGACGCAGUGAAGGCUGCUAUGCGAGCACACCAAGAGAUGGCAGAUCCGGCAGAUUUGGAAGAGGCAGCAGCCGCUUUCGGAGAUCUCGACGACGCUUUGAGGGAAGGUCUUGCACGCAUCGUCCGAACAUUCGGCACCAACCGUUUACGCGCUUUUCGAUUUGCACCUCGUGUGGCAACAAAGGUGCAAGAGUUUGCGGACUUCAGUACAUAGUAUGGCUGUAUUGGAAUCUCGAUGUUCGUUCAGCAGUCUGGCUUGUUGGAGAAACGAAGCACCAUAAAUCUUGAUACAACCGCUGCAGUCUGGAUACUGAUAGCCUACUUUCUCUUCCCUUUCGUGCGCUUCUUCGGAGCUGUAAUGCUCUCUGGAAGCCACUCAUUAGCGGAGUCUGUUUCUGAGUCUUUGGCAAUGGCAGCCGUAGAAGACUUGGUUUUCGAGGGACGGCUCGUUUCAGAUUUAGCGGGUAACGGAGCAACUGUCUCUCCACGCUCCUCAGCGUCCAUUCGAGCUGAUGCUGCAGCAAUCUCUUCUGGACUAACAUCCUCUCCUCGCUGUAUGCGCGCCAUGAUUUCGGGUGUGACG